ACCACAGACAAGGACAACUUAGUUGACAUGGCGGAAUAAUCAGCUGUUAAUUGCAAUGCUAACGAAUAAGUGGAAUAAUUCUCGUAGGUAUUUCAUAGUUUAGUAGUUUGUGUACUUUUAACUUGAUAUAGUUUCGUAUUAUAGGACGCGUAUGUAUUCUCGUGUGAAUAUUUCAAAAUUUCUUACAAGAAAAAAGGAAUGGCGCGAUGUCCCUUGUCAUCUGUCAGCUUCAUUCAUUCAUCCAUUGUGCAGAAAAAAUGUGACUUGUUCGCUUUGUAAUUUUGUUUUUAUGUAAUAAGUGCUAGUUGAAUAUUAGAUACACCCGUUAUACCAUCCCAAUACGUUUACGCAAGUGUUGAUUACCGUAUUGCAUAAUAAGACCACUCGUACUUACAUCGUAGGGCCUGGUUUAUUGUACCCCAAAAUUAUUCCCUCUACAAAGAGCUUAGUGCGGCGUCGGCAAAUGAAAUAUUUAUUUUUCCUACGCAGUGUUAGUUGAUGUGUUUCGUUUAAUGAAGAUAUAGGGGUGUUUAUAAGGAAGUGAAGUGUGAUCGGAAGUAAGGAUGUCGGGCCGUGUAAGAAAGCAGUCGGACUGCCCUGUGGGGAAGCAGGGUCCGAUGAGGGCGACGCUUCCCGUGUCGUCGGUGAUGAAACAGAGCGGCGGGCUGAAGAAAAACGCGGCCAACAGCCCGACACUGUCGCCGACUAAUGCGUGGAGGCGGAUUUCGCCAGAUCACGCCCUCUCCGGCCAGCGAAGCCCUGGAGCCGUCAACUACAAAGGCAAGGGACGGUUUGGUGCCAGCGUGAUCAGGCGCACAGCGUCCCUAGACACUCUGUAUCACAAAGGGCAAUGGUCCAGAGACUAUUAUCUGCAUGCCGGCCAGUUGCAAGUAGAUAAGUCCACACAAACUGACGAUGGAGGUGGGGCAUCAGGCCGCUCCUCCAGGAGUUCAGAUGAUGACAAACUUGACCGCUUCUUGCGCAGUCGUCUUCAAAGACCACACAAACCUUCUGCAUCCGGAGAUUACUCAAGCCAUUCUAUGAGCACAGCUCUUUGGUCCCGUUUCGGUGGCGGCAGCGUCCCGCUGCGAGCAGCACAGUCGUCAGUGGAAGGUCUCAACCAGGAGAUUGAAAGACUUGUGCUGUAUCCCGCUAGCGGCACGCAAACUCCACACUUAGACCGGCUAAGAGACAAAGUGACUCCGGAAGGACAUCGCGCGCCAUUGGCUGAACUACUCAGGCGCUCCGUCAACACACAGACUCCUCACGAUCUGUGUCACACUGCUCAUUCAUCAGGCGGCAGUGUCUGCUCGUCUCCUGACCUGGACGGGUCUAAACUCGGCACAUCUCCCCAAAUAAAUCGUUUCUUAGCUCGCGAACCUCCUGAUGGUUGUGAAAAGGUAAACCUGAAAGCGGGCGAAGGAGCGUUCUCAGAAUCCGUGUCUGUGAUGAAGCCGACGAUACCGGGCUUCACGCUGCGGCCGUCGCUGGGCUCGGCCUUCCAGCCGCUGCAGCCCGCGCCGCCGCCCUCGCCGCCGCACUGACUCACCGCACUCCGGGCCAGAGGGUUUCUUACUAACCAUACUCGACAUUUCAUUAACAUUGCAUUCAUCUAACCCUCUUAUUAAAUCCUAAGUUAUAGAAAUUGAAAACUAUCAAUUUCUUGUUUUUUGACCUCAUUUUGUUUGGUACAAAUCAAUCGCUUGUAUUGUUAAAGCGAAGGUAGCUCAGCGGUUCAUUUGUAAGAACAAAAUAUAAAAGAAAAUAUUUCCAUAGCAGUGCAAAAUUUCAACAAAAUUUCUUAAGACAGAAAUAACGUGUUAGUGGCAUCCGAAACAUCAGCUAGGUAUUCAAUAAACACGUGUUGUAUCUGUUGUGACAAUAAUGAACAAUAUUUAAUAAAUUGUGACAAAUUACGAUGUCCCUUGAUACAGGAAGUAUUAAAUGUUUGUCAAUUUCCAUCAAAUUCGGAGUGAGAGUAAGAAACAGGAAUGUCCCAAUGUAUUUGAACCGUUUAGACUUGCAAAUAUUUUGCACAAAUUAUGUAUUUUGACAAACAGAGCAACCAAAGCAAUUUAAUCGCAGCAUUAGAUACACUAACGAAGCCAAACUCAUGGCAAAAAUAUUUCGUGUAAUACAAGUAUAUAUUAUGAGUAAGUUCGCCCUGAUAUUAUUUUAACGAAUACAAUAGGUAAUGCAGGAGCUAUUUCUUUAAAAUGUUAGAUAUUUUAGCACUCACCGCUCCAGCUAAUUUGAUUACAUGACUGGAUAUAUAUUUGAUCUCAUUUUAUGUAUUAUUUUAAAAUUAUGUACAUAACACUAUGUUGCAAAUGUAGAAUUUUAAAGUGUUAUAGUAUGAUAAGUGUUUUUUUUAUUAUUCUCAACAUGCAUAAGCUUUUUUAAUUUAAAUCAUUAAAGAUUACUUCGGACCAAAUUUCUGAAAGGGCCAGAUCAUCUUAUUUGUGGUUAUGGAUAUAUCGGUUGCUAGAACGAUUUUCUAAUGCAAAAGAGCUUUAACUUGUGGGAUUUGAUAAAAGAAAAUGUAAGUAAGAAAAUAGACUGAAUUUUUAAACUUUACUCAUACUUUGAUACAGGUAACUUGACAUUAUUUGUUACGUAGUGUACUAUAAAGUGCCUAUCAUAAACUCGCUUACUUGUUCCCUUCAAGUCGACCAGUAUUGCUUUGCGCACACGAGCUGCUUCAUCCGCGAUCUCUCUGUUUAAUGAGUUACGUCAGUAUCUGUAUCAGGUACAUGAGCCAUUGUUCGUAUAACGUUCGUUUAGGGAAAAUUGAACCGCACUCGUUGGGUUUCUCAUUUUGGCCAAAAUGCAUUUUUAUCAUCGAGACUGAUAAUGUAGUAUGUUGACAACUUACACAUAAACAUAGUUAGAUCUGCUUUUGGACAUACGCAAUUAUUUUUUAAACCUUUUUUAAAAUUCGACGGCAAAUAUAUAUUUUGGAUGGCUCACCUUUGGAAUAUAUAUAGUAUUUUAAAUCUUAUCAUUGCUCAAACAAAAUUUUUAUUAGGAGCCACACUUAUGAUAUACGCCGAAUUUGAGAAUGUAACUUAGUGAUUAUAAUAUUUCCAGUUGCUGAUGUAAAUUAGUACCUAUUGAUUAUAUUGGUUAUUCAAUAAACAAAUGUGAUAAUGUAAGUGAAACGGUCGAAUCUGAAUAUUGAUCGUGGCUUGACAACUUUCGAUACUGGCGUGUACUAGUGCUGUUGUAACCAUGUUUUAACAUGCUGCACAAAAGGAACAGUAUCCAUAAGUUGUGAAGAAUUAUCGAAGGUGCUGCGUAGUGACUAUAAGUGUGUACAGACUAACCGACUUGUGACAGAGGAGCAGGGUGUUUGGGAUGCGAUUAUAUUGUGUAAGCAAUCGCAAGUGACGGCUGAAAUCAUUUUCGAAAUGACUGAAUGUGACAAACAAAACCAGUAUCUGACGCUACGAAGAAAAUCGUUUAGAAAUGUACAAAAGUAAUUUCGUCUCAUCCAUUUGUAACAUAUAUAACGAUUGUGUGAUAUGUUUAAAAUUAAAUGUUGUGUAAAUUAUCACUCCGGUCGUUAUCGAUUUGACAUUUUUUAAUAGUGGUUAUUAAAUAUAUUGUGCAAAAACAUUAACAUGGAAGAAGAGCCGAGCCAAUAAUUAAAAUCCGGAUUUCUGUGUAAAAUGUUUCUGAAAUAAGUGCAAUAUAUAGCUGUAAUUUGAAUAAUUAUACAAGCAAACAAUUUGCGAUGUACAUUUUGAGGGUAUCUGUAUAUUGUUUCUUCGUCUUCAUGCCUUUUUGGAUCCACAUUUUCAGUUGCUGUAUCAUCGUCGUGGAAACAUAAUUUCUGUGACGUAAGCUUGAUGAUUAUGUUCGCAUUGCUUCCUAACAGCUUCCAUGUCGCUUCUAGACUCCCCACACUUGGAAUCCAAAACAAUAUUAUGCUUUACUAAUAAUAGACUUAUGUCACAGGUCCAGGUUGUAAUUUAGGAUUUAUAUAAGCCUCUCCCAAUGUCGUUACCUAAUUUAAGGUUUAGUAAGUUUUAGUAAAGGACCCGAAAAAUUAUUAGCUGUUAAUAAAUGUGUGCUAUAAAAUGGUCCCCUUACUGUUUAAUUUAAAGUAAACCACUGGGAUGUGGACAGAGAUUCCUAAAUAAAGAUGUGUGUAGUGAGUACUCCCCAUUCCAAGUGUCGGUACGCGCGCACUUUUCUAAAGGACAUCUUUAUUUACGAACUUGAAAUGUUUUUAAAGUACAUAAAGAUAUUUUUAUAUGUUCAGGGUAGGAGGAGGGUGAGUUGUACCAUAAAAGUAACUUGGCUAGGACCUUAGAUUUGAUAGUUCUUUUAUAGAUGGUUAAUAUUAUUUUAAAGUUUGCUUUUAGAUGAAUGAUAAGUUUGUAAUUUUUAUUAAUACAAUAUUAGAUUAAAAAAAACUAACAUUUAAACUAAACCAAAAGUGCCCAUUGAGAUAAGUUUAUAAUUCAAGCAAGCCUUUUGUUCGGCAUUUUGUUAAAAAAUAAUGUUUAGGCAACAAAAUUAGAAAUUAAGAAAAAUUAUCGAGGAUUGUUGAGUUUUAAGUUAUCUAAAAAUUGUUGAGGUUUAUUGAUAAAAAAAAUCUUUUAGUUUUUUUACAAGUAAUGUUAAACAAAGGGCUUGUUUAGUUAGAGGCAUUAAUUAACAUCAAUAUUAAUAGUAUCUACUUUUAAGUAAUAAUAAGAAUGGUUUUAUUAUAGUUUUGUUUCAGAGAAGAAAUUCUAAUUACUAUUUUUGUUUCCAAUAUUUUAUCACUUUUAUCUGUUUUCACUGUAAUGUAUCUUGCUGUAUUGCAGACAUAUCCAAUAUACAGACUGAUUUAAA